UAUAUAAUAUAUAUUUAGUAUAAUGGCGUCGUUUAACAGAUUUGCUUCUUAAAAUUUCAUCAAUUUGUGACGUAAUCUUGAAAUUGCAUAUCGGACGAAACAAAGCUCUCUCCAAAUCUCAUUUCGUUACCAAUUAUAUAUAUAUAUAUAAACAAACAAAGCCAGAUUUAUACGGAAAUCUGCAAUUUCUAGUCGAGAAAAAGUUUAGAAGAAAACAGAAAAACACCAAAGAAUAAAAGAAUAUAAGAUUUCCUUUCUAAUUACCUAUGAACCUCGUUUUAAAGGUUGAUGGAAGUCAAUAAAUAUUUAUACACGCCUGUCCCUUGAACAGAGAGCGAACUACAGAAUAAUUUACUAAUAAAGUAAGUCUUGAUUUUUUUUCUUGAUUGCCGUGUGUACCGAUGCAUGGCAGGUUCCGGAUGGCGCCACGAAAUUCCAUAAACCCGAGCCAGAUGCCAGUAGAGUCUAACUCUGUGCGUGCUGCUCUCUACAGGAGAUCCAACCAACGUUGUAAGAAGAUUCUUCUUAUCACUAUUUAUUACAUUUCAUGCACGACACUUCUUUUUAAAUGUUGCGUAUUAGAUUUAACAGAUAAUUCUAAUGUCAACCGAUAUAUCGCAGUCGAGAGGAGAAAAUACACCAAAGGUCUUUACAACUUAAAAUACACGUUCAUCUAUCCAUUGCCAAUGAUUUAAUAGCGAAUAGAUAUUGAAUUAUUUAUCUAAACACUGUAUUAUUAGAAAGGAAAUGUAGCAAAACUAUACUCCUAAGUUACUAAAAAGCGUUGAGUAAAGAUAAAGUUAAUUUAAAUUCUACUUCCAGAAUUCGAAUAAAAAUCAUUUAAUCAAAUUCCAGAUGAUUGCACACGUUUCAUAGGUUACAACAGGUGUGUAUACCGCAGAGGAUGGCGUAACUAAGAAUUUCCAAUUACAUAUGUAUCAAUCACAGUGACCUAUGAAAAUCAGACCAGUUUGCACAUCUAUAAAGUACUUGUUCCUGUGAAAUCGAAAUUUCUGUCAUUUUCUAACAAAGCUGCCAUUUAAGUUUCGCAGAAUUAUACAAAAUCCCGGAUCUACUAACAAAAUAAUUAAACAAUUCUAGUAAAAUUGCAAUUUCUUAUUACAGACGAAUUCUAUUUAUUUAACGCGACGGGUAGCGUCGAAGGAUGGGACUUUCGUCAUUUUUUAGUAAGAGUAUCAUUCCAGUUCCGCAUAAAUACACAAAGUCCCGAAUCUACUAACAAAAUAAUUAAACAAUUCUAGCAGAAGGAAAAGUUGCAAUUUCCUAUUACAGACGAAUUUUAUUUAUUUAACGCGACGGGUAGCGUUGAAAAAUGGGAUUUUUUUGCCUUUUUCCUUUUUUAGCAAAGUUGCCAUCUUAGAAAUGGAAUUUCACGUGGACACUACUAGAUACUAUUUCGUUCGGUUCUUCGCCACGUCUCGGCGAUAAUUCGAACGGCAAUUUUUUAAGCACUCCUCUAAUUGUACUCUCAAUUUGCAAGUCAAACAGCCGGAAGAGUACUAUAUUUACGAAGGCAUGAGAAAACAGCUUCGAUGACGUCACUGUUUAAAGGUCUAUCGUACUCUUCUGGCGCUAUUCGGUACUGUUUUAUUUCUGCUUAGGUAGAUCAGGAGAGAAAGAAAGAAAAAGAGACGGAGGACCACCGGUCCGAGAGGAGAACCGGCAGAUAUGCAAACAUCGAAAAGAAAUAGAUCGAGAUCGCUUCAUUUUUCUCGCUGGAUCGCCGCCAAUUAUAAAAGCACGCGUAUACGCAUGUCCGAUUCGUUGGAUAUCGAGUGGAAAAUAUGGAGAAGGCGCGAUUGUCCCUUGGAAACGCGGUUGUUUAAUAUUCAACCGAGUGAAAUUUGUGAUCAAUGGAUUGUCAAACAAAAUGUCAGCGCUGAAAAAUUAUAUGCAAUCGUAUCUUUUAUCGUAAAUUAUGUUUUUUCGAGAGUAUCGUAAAUGUUACUUGGUAGCCUGAUCAGAAUCAUUCUCGUCCAAUGUUGAAGAGAAAAAAACAUUCAGUGAGAAAUUAUUAGUUAUAAUCUAUCGAUUAUUAAUAGCCACGGGAAAUAAUUAUAGGUAUUAAUUGCAGGAAAUUUUUCAGUAAAUAUUAAUACAUAGGUAGCUUUUAUAUUGUGUGAAUAUCUAAAUUGAAUGUCAAAGUAUUUUGUCUAGAUUAAAUCGUCUUCGCCGAUCCAUAGCAGCAAAUGCUACAAUGGCAGCGCAAAAAUCUCCAAAAAUCGAGGCCCAGGUCGUAGAAGCAAUCCGUAGGCUACAGGCCAUUCAAGGAUCAACUCCACAGGAAAUCAGUAAUUACAUUGCUCAAGAAUAUAAUAUUCCUGGCUCUGAGAUUAGGCGUCACGUUCAACUUGCCCUCAGGCGUGGCGUGACUUAUGGUAUUCUCCAGCGUUUGAAGGGCGGAUGCUACACGUACAAUCAAGACUACAUGUACAAUCAAUGCAUGAACAGCGGCGACGCCACUGCUGUCGACAUUCGUUGCGCACGAAAAAGACGAUCUAGCCGGAGAAGAAGAAGCUCGAGGAGACGCGGUAGAAGGAGGUACAAGAGUCGUGAAUCUCGACGUAGAUCCCGUAGAAGGAAAUCGCGAGGAAGACGAAGAAAAUCGUCGAGGAGACGAAGGCGGAGGGAAGAAUUUCCAAAGGAAAUCGACGCGCUAAAGAUGACCACCGUGACCAAACAAUCGUCGAAAAGCAGCAACCUCUUACCGAAGGAUGGUCCACGAAGCAAUCAUUCUACCAUCUCUGCAAACUCCGAAGAGAAGCAAGAGUAACCAUCCAAACGGAUAUCCUUCGCUUUUACGAUCGACUCGAGAAGCAAAGAUUGACUCAAGAACAAGAAUACAGAUGCAAGUGAAAUGCACACGCUAUUUGCCUGAAUCCAUUCGAAUGCAUUUCCCUUUUUAAACACUUUUUUUAUUCGAAUAUUUUUCUUGCUUUAUGGAUAGAUAGAUAUAUACGUAGGAUAUGCCACGAUGAGAAAAAGUAUCGGCACAGAUCAGCCUUUCUUGGAAAAUCUUGUGUAAAUUUGUAAGGAACACGAUUUUUCACCUGGCCUGUUUCGUAGAACGUAAGUUGCAAGGAUCGGAAACAAUCGAACAGAACUUGCUUACAGAUGCCGCUGUAAAUGCCAAAGUUGAAAAAAUUUUGUUUUUUUUUUUUAUUGGAAAAUGUUUUACGUAGCAAUGAGAGUACCGUAGUAGUAGAAUUGCAGCGCGAUUUCCCUCUCUAAAUAGUUAUUAAUAAUGUUAGAAGAUGAUGUCACAACGUCGUUUCUACAGAGAAAAAUGUAGGUGCGAAUAAACAUUAGUUAGUUGUCUCUUGGCUUUUAUCUAUGCCAUCUAUCUAAGUAAAUGGAACAUUGAAUUUUCUUUAUGACUAGCAGCUGGCACAUACAGGCUUUCCUACAGAUACACUUUUCUUCUUCGUGAAUUUGAACUAGAUUUGCGUAAUGCUUCUUUCCCUCUUGAAAAACUUGUUUCUUUUUUUCUUUCUUUCUUUUUUUUUUUUUUUGCCACUUACAGCGUUUUCUACAAGCACUCUUCAAAUAUGAGACACCGAUUUUAGUUCUCAACAAAUGAUUUAUGCCAGUCCGAGUGAUUGAAUCCGACGAAUAUCGUGUAUGAUUCAUAAAAUCAACGAACCGAAUUUAAUUUA